AUGGACGAUAUCGUUGGUUUUGUACCAUACUCACCGGAGCUCUUAUGGAUAGUAAUUGCAGGUCUUCUUAUUGCAUUUAUAUUAGCUUUUGGUAUUGGAGCUAAUGAUGUUGCAAAUUCAUUUGGUACAAGUGUUGGAAGUAAAGUAAUAACAUUACGACAAGCAUGUGUUCUUGCAACAAUAUUUGAAAUACUUGGAUCAAUAUUAAUUGGAGCGAAAGUGUCGGAUACGAUACGGAAAGGUAUCAUUGAUCCGACAUUAUUUACCAAUCCAAAAGAAUUAAUGCUUGGUCAAGUAUCAUCUUUAUUUAGUUGUUGUAUUUGGUUAUUAGUUGCUACAUUCUUUAAUUUACCUGUGUCUGGUACACAUAGUAUUGUUGGUGCAACAAUUGGUUUUGCACUUGUUACUCACGGUUCUCGAGGUAUACAAUGGCUUGAAUUUGCUAAAAUUGCUGGUUCAUGGUUUAUUUCACCAGCAUUAGCUGGCAUUAUAUCGGUUGGUAUUUUUCUAGUGAUAAAAAAAUUUAUUCUCGAAAAACCUGAGCACUUAAAAGUUGGUCUUCGUUGGUUACCAGUUUUUUAUAGUGUAACAAUAAUGAUUAAUGUUUUUUCAAUACUUCUUUCUGCACCACCACUUCUAUAUUUUGAUCGUAUUCCAUUAUGGGCAAAAUUUGUAACGACAAUUCUCGUUGGACUUCUUAUUGGAUUUUUCGUUCUGUUGAUUGUUAAACCACGAAUGAAAGUAACCAUUGAAGAAAGUUUAAGAAAGAAACAUGAUCUUGAUAGUCGAUCAGGUGGCGGAAACGAAGUUUCACAAUUAACAAAAACUGAUGGAAGAUUUGAAACUUAUACCGUUGCUCAAUUGGAAAACGUAAAUACAGUUGAUAAAGAAACUCAAAUUGAUCAUAUAGGAAUGCUUAAAGAAUUUGAUUUAUUAAGUCAUCAACAAAAACAUCCCGAUCAGUUUCGUCCUUAUGUUGAAAUGCAACGUAUAGGAAAAGAUCCUGAAAUAUCAACAACUUCAGGUGUUACUAAUGGAUCACGUGUACGUCGAGAAAGUGAUCGUUUACGUAAUGAGAUUCUUGCAGUUGAUGGACAACGAAAUCAAUUAAAUAAUCGUGAAAAAACAAAAAUCUAUCGUCUUCCACAAUAUGCAAAUGCAUCUGGUGUACCAGGUUCAAUAUCAAAUGAAAAUAAAAGUUUAUUAUUAUCUGCUGUAUAUAUACCCCAUGAUGAUAAUAUGUCGACAGUAUCAGCGAAUCAACAUAGUUCCAAUGAAGAAAUAGAUGAAAUCGAAGAUAAAAUGCCAGAAGUAACACCUAAAGAAAAAAUAAUUGAUACAACAAAUGAUUCAAUUGAAAUUGCUGGUAUUUUUAAAUAUUUACAAAUUCUUACGGCUAUAUUUGGUGCUUUUGCUCAUGGUGGAAAUGAUGUUAGUAAUGCAAUCGGUCCAUUGAUUGGCGUUUGGUUAAUCUAUGACAGUGGCCAAGUAGCUACUUCACAACCAACACCACUUUGGGUACUUUUUUAUGGUGGUCUUGGUAUGUCAGUUGGUCUUUGGGUUUGGGGUCGUCGUGUUAUUCAAACAAUUGGUGAAGACUUAGCAAAAAUUACACCAUCAAGCGGUUUUGUUAUUGAAAUUUCAACUGCAUUCACCGUUCUUGUUGCAUCAAAUUUAUCAAUUCCAAUUAGUACAACUCAUUGUAAAGUUGGCAGUGUUGUAGCAAUUGGUCGUGUCCGUUCAAAACAAGGUGUUGAUUGGUCAUUAUUUCGAAAUAUAUUUGUUGCAUGGAUUGUUACGGUGCCUGUUACUGGUGGAAUUGCUGCAGGUGUGAUGGAAGCAUUAGCACUUGUUGUGGAUGUCGGUGCUGGUAUGUGUGAGGCAGCACCUGGAUAUGAUUCACCAUUACAGAUGGCAAGUGAUAUUCUUCAAAUGAUCGUUCAACGAAAAAUGUUUCAAGAGAGUAAAGAUGAAUUGGCAUUAAUUUUAUAUGGUGCUGAUGAAUCAAAUAAUGAUUUAGCUGAUGAAGAUAAUUAUCGAAAUAUAAAUGUUGUUUUUCCACUUUCAAUAGCUAAUUGGCAUUUAUUUGAAGAAAUACAAAAAAUUAAACCCGGGAAUAAUCCUGCUGAUUUGGUUGAUGCAGUCGUUGUUGCUGCUGAUCAUCUUCGUCGUGAGACUGAAGGAAAACAUGGUUUUGCAGCAAAACGUGUUAUGUUAUUCACAAAUGCUGCAACAACAUUUAGUGAUCAUAGCCUUAAAACAAUUCUUGAUUCACUUCAACGACAAGAUAUUAUUGUUGAUGCUAUUGGACCUACAUGGGGUCAAGCAGAUGAAGAAGAUGAAACUGAUGAAAAUAAUCCUUCAGAUUCAUCAGCACAAACAAAUGGACAUGAAAAUGGUGAUGAUCAUACAGAUUCGAAUCGUCCAACAACAAAUGGUCAUUCUCAUUCAAGUCAAAGAAAACCUUUAACACAACAACAACAAACUGGUAUUCGAGUUAUUGGUGAAAUUGUUAAUACAACUGAAGGAACUUUAUUUACAUUUCGAGAAGCAUUAACAAUUCUUAGUGUUCAUCAAGCAAAAGUAGUUAAACCAACUGCAACAAAAUAUAUAUUACAAUUAGCCGAUCUUAAAUUACAUAUUUGUACUUAUAUUCAGGUUAAGGAUAAUAAACCGGCAAUAUUUCGUUUAAAAAAAGUUUAUGCACGUGAUCCAACAACAGAAAUUAAAGUGGAUCGUGGACGUUAUACAAAAGAUGAACAAGAUCAAGAAAUUGAAAAAGAAGAAUUAACUGAUGGAUUUCGUUAUGGUACGACAUUUGUACCUAUUAAUAAAGAAACACUUGAUGAAAUGAAAUAUCAAAGUGAAAAAUGUUUUUCAGUUAUUGCAUUUUCAGAUGCUAGUAUGAUGCGACGAAGUGUUUACUUAGGUGAUACAGUUUAUGAAGUCAUUUCUGAACCAGGUUUUGAAGAAGAAGCUCAAGCAUUUGCUGGUCUUGUUCAAGCCAUGUACGAUACAAAUACAGUUGCUAUUGUUCGUAAAUGUUUUAGUGAACGAAGUGCACCUGAACUUGGCUUUAUACGUCCACAUAUUGCACAUGAUCAUAUUUGUAUGUAUUAUGUUAAAUUACCAUUUGCUGAAGAUUUACGUGAAUUUGAGUUUGAAAAUCUUGAUGGAACAAAAAGAAAUCAACCGAGUGAUGAACAAUUAAAAUGUAUUGAUAGUUUAAUAACAUCAAUGGAUUUAACUCAUGCUGAUCGAAACGGCGAGGAAGCACUUCGACCUGAAUAUGUUUUUAAUCCAUAUGUUCAACGAAUGUUUCAAUCUAUUGCUCGACGUGCUGUUACACCUGAUGAACCAUUAUCAUUAUCAAAUACAAUUAUGGAAAUGAAUGAUACAUUAUUACGAUCAGUUGCAUCUAAGUGUAAACGAACAUUAGAUACAAUUCAUGAAAAAUUUACUCUUCGAGAUACAGAUCGGCGACAGAAAAUUACUACAGGUGAUGCACUUUUUGGUAAUAUUGAUAGUUCAACGAAAAAACCUCGUCUUGAUGAAAAUGAAAAUAUUGAAGAGCCAAUAACAGAUUCAUCAAUAACAAAUAUGGAUUCAGCAUCAUUUGAAGCUCAAGCAGCAGCGAAAAAGAAAGCAGCUCUACGCAAUGUUGGUACAUUAACACCAGUUGAAGAUUUCAAACUUUUAAUGGAACAAGGUUCACCAUCAUUUAUUGAAAUAUGUAAACAAAUGUGUAAUCUCAUACUUGAACUUGUUAAUAAUUCUCAUGGUGAUGCUUUAUUCGAAAAAGCUUUUCAAUGUUUACAAUGUUUACGUGAUACAUGUAUUCAAAAAUUAGAACCAAAAAUAUUUAAUGAUUUAGAAUUAUUACUUAAAAAACAAGCAUCAACUGUUGACGGACGAAAAGAUUUUUGGAAAAAAAUUGUUGAUGAAAAAUUCAGUUUAAUUACCAGUGAAGAAUGUGUUGAAUCGAAUGUUAUACCUGUUGAAGCAACGAAAUUUCUUGAAGAAGAAACACCAGCAGAAACUCUUGCUAAUGCAGCAACAACUAAUGAACAAGAUGGCGAAGAAGAAGAUCUUUUCGAUCUUAUCUAA